AUGAAUUAUUCUGCUUUGGCUAAAGAAGUUUUUGAAUUAUAGAAUAAAGUAAGAUAAGAUCCAUCCCUAAUGAUUCCAGUUCUAGAAAAUAGGCUCAAAUACUUCAAGGAUAAGAUCUUACACUUACCUGGAACUUAAGCUACUAAUACAAAAGAAGGAGCAAAUUCGGUCUAGGGUAAUGAAUAUAAUAUCUUUACAUAGAGUGCAUUGAAUUUCUAAAAAAACAGAAACCUGUUGGACCAUUGACAUAUGAAAAAGGAUUGGAGGAAGCAGCCAGGGAUCACGCAGAAGAUUUAGGUAUUAGAGAAUUUGAAUAUAGGAACUAAUGGUUUGACUGGACAUGAAGGAAGUGAUCAUUCAACUACAAAAUAAAGAAUUGAAAGACAUGGGUAAUGGAAACCAGGAACUAUUGGAGAAAAUAUCAGUUUUGGAAAAUCCACAGCUGAAGAUAGUAAAUUAUAAUAAAUAAAUAUUUAGUUGUUAUAUAAUUGAUAGUCGAUGAUGGCGUCCCAAGUAGAGGACACAGAUCGAAUUUCUUUGAACCUGCCUAUAAAUAAGUAGGUAUAUUUGGAGCACCUCAUAAAGCCUUUAAAUUUGUUUUCGUUUUUGAUUUUGCAUCAAAAUUUUCAUAAGGUGGUAAGCCAGAAUAAGAAGGCGAUAAAGAGAAAGAGAAAAAAAAGAAAGCAGAGAAAUAAGAGAAAUAAGUAAUUAAACAGAAAGACGAUGAUGAUGAUGACAAAGAUGAAGGGAAGGAGAAAUUGAUACCAGGUGCAAAGAAAGUUUAAAAGAAAGUUAAAACCAUAACGAAAGGGGGUAAAAAGCAUAUAAUAACCACCAAAAUUUAUACAAUGAAUGAUGGUACCACUUAAGAAGUAGUCACUGAAAAAGUGGAAGAUGCAUGAUUAUGAAAUAAAAUGCAUAAUGAUGGG